CAGGUUCCCGCAGUCCCGGCGGAGCCACGCGGGGCCGGGCUGGGCUGGGCCGGGCUCAGCGAGCCCAGCAGAGCAGGGCCGGGAGCUUGGCAGCGCGGCCGCGCCGCAGCCGGUGCGGGGCAUGGGCCCGCGGGAGACUCGUGGCCGCAGCCCCCGGGGCUCGGGCACCGGCCUGGGGCCCCCGUGCCAGGGCUGGAGGUGAGCGGCUCUGUCCUCAGCCGCCAGAGAGUGCUGCCGGCAUCAGCUGCAGAAAGAGCUGCAAGAAGGGGCUUCCCGUGUGUGUUCCCCCCCAUUUUGUGGACGCUGUGGUAACUAAUGGAGCCAGGCAGAGGAAUCCCUGAUGGGGAUGGACUCUGAGGCUCUGUGGGCAGAGGCAGGAGACACCUCUGUGCCAGGGUCCCAUGCAGGAGCCCCAGAGGGGAUGGUGGUGGGACCCUCGUGGGGCGCAGCCCUGCCGCCCCCCGCCAUGCCCGCCGCCCUUCGCCUGCUCUGCGGGGUGGUGGUGCCGGCUGCCCUGCUCUGCGCGGAGCCCCUGCCCCGCCUCAGCUUCCCCAGCGGGGACCCCCGGCGGACCCUCACCCACUUCAGCCAGGACAACGUCUCCCACUACGACAUCUUCCUCCUGGAUGAGGGCGAGGAGGAGCUCUACGUGGGGGCACGCGACUGGGUGCUGGCCCUCACUGUCGGCACCCCUGGCAGCAUCCAUGCCAAAGCCUCGAUAAAGUGGGGACCCACAGAUGAGAAAACCUCUGAAUGUGCUUUCAAGAAGAAGAGCCAAGAGACUGAGUGCUUCAACUUCAUCCGAGUCCUGGUGGCCCUGAACCAGACCCACCUCUACGCCUGUGGCACCUAUGCCUUCAGCCCUGCAUGCACCUACAUUCACCUGGAAAGCUUCACACUGGCCAGUGGCAGAGGACAGUCCUUCCUGGACGGGAAGGGCCAGUGCCCCUUCGAUCCCCAGCACACUUACACAGCCCUGCUGGUGGACGGAGAGCUCUAUGCUGGCACCAUGAACAACUUCCAGGGCAACGAGCCCAUAAUCUCCCGCUCGCUGGGCACCCGCACCCUGCUCAAGACAGAUGCCUUCCUCCGCUGGCUCUCAGCCGACGCCGCCUUCGUGGCCUCCUUCAGCCUCCCUGGGGACGACAAGGUCUACUUCUUCUUCGAGGAGACAGCGGAUGAGUUCGACUUCUUUGAGAGGCUCCUGGUGCCACGGGUGGCCCGUGUCUGCAAGAGCGAUGUAGGGGGGGACAAGGUGCUGCAGAAGAAGUGGACAACGUUCCUGAAGGCGCAGCUGGAGUGCUCUGAGCCUGGCCGCUUCCCCUUCAACGUCAUCCACCACGCCUUCGUGCUGCCCCACCAUGACGGCCGUGCCAACUUCUAUGCAGUGUUCACCUCGCAGUGGCAGGCGGGCAGGGCGGGCAGCGCCGCCGUCUGUGUCUACAGACAGGACGAUCUGGAGGAGGUCUUCGAGGGCAAGUACAAGGAGCUGAACAAGGAGGGCUCUCGCUGGACCGUCUACAGUGGCCCCGACAUGAGACCCCGGCCUGGCAGUUGCUCCAUGGGUGCCUCCUCAGACAAAGCCCUCAGCUUCAUGAAGGACCAUUUCCUGAUGGACGGGAAGGUGUCACCCAUGUCGGGGAGGCCUAUCCUGGUGAAGUCUGAUGUCACCUACACACGCAUCACAGUCCAUGAGACUCACGGCGUGAUGGGGACCCCGUACCGUGUCAUGUUCCUGACCACAGACAAGGGUCUCCUGCACAAGGCAGUGGAGCUGGAUGGGGGUGCCCACAUCGUGGAGAGCAUCCAGCUUUUUGCGGCGCCAGAGCCGGUGAAGAACCUGCUGCUGGCACCAGGGAAGGGCAUCCUCUACGUGGGCUACUCUGGAGGCGUCCUGCAGGUCCCGCUGGCCAACUGCAGCGUGCACCGGAGCUGCGCCGAGUGCGUGCUGGCACGGGACCCCUACUGCGCCUGGCACAGCCCCGAGGGCUCCUGCCGGCCUGCCCGCCUCGCCACCGAGAACAAGAGCGCGUGGCUGCAGGAUGUUGAGAGGGGGAGCCCGGACACCACGUGCCACCGCGGGAGGAGCGCGGCCAUGCCCCGCUCCUGGGGGGCACCAGAGGAUCCCGCUGUGCAGGGGCUCAGCCCCCCGCUGAACGCCGUGGUGCAGCUGCCGUGCCCCCGGCGCUCCGCGCUGGCCACCUACAGCUGGCAGCAGCCCAGCGGUGCCCAGGGGCACACGGUGCUGCAGCCUGACCACACGCUGGUGGUCAUCAUGCAGCAGGGAAUGGCCGGCACCUAUACGUGCCAGGCCACGGAGAACGGCUACACCUGGACCGUGGCUCAGUACCAGCUCAGGGACUCUGGCGAGGCCGGGCUGGGUGAGGAGGGCUCGCCCCCCCGCUCGUACUGGUCCCAGUUUGUCACAGUGGCCGUGCUGCUGGCUGUGACGCUGGCCGGGGCCGCCUGUCUGGCCCUCCUGGCCUACCGGGACCAGCUGAGGGCUCGCAGCAAGGUGCGGGGCUGCAGCAUGCCCCACAGCCCCCCGUCCCGCCCGCGGGAGAAGGUGCCCCUGAACGGGGGCACCGGAGAGCCCCCGGCACCCGGAGCUGCCACGGAGGAGGAGGAGGAGGAUGAAGGCUCCCAGGCGUGUUGCCUCCAGCUUGGUGGGGACGUCGAUGUGGACAACAACCGGCUGCAUGUGCCGGCAGGGGACACGGCGUGACACUGGCAGUGGGUCAGGGAGACCCUGGGGAGGGGGGAUGUGGGGAGGGGAGUGACUGUGAAAGGGGUUUUGGUUUUGUUUUUGUUUUAUUUAAUACACCUGUUUUAACCUAAGGCUCACGUUCUGGGGCUAGGGGUGGAACGGGCCCUGGGAGCAAGGGAGUGGGACAGGGAGAGAGUGGAGGGCGAAAGAAGGUCAUGGGGACAGGCAAAGGAUGUGGCACAGAGGAGAAAUGUCACCGUGGGGCAAGGACGUGGGGUCGGCACAGCCGAAAACGGUGGAUGCUGACACCAGGGAAAAGAAACAGGUUCCACAAAAACCUCAGCAUGGAGCAGGCUGUGCUCGAUGGGCUCCCUAAUCUAGCCCCAUGGGCACCCACCCUGCACUGCCACCCAACCCUCAGUGCUGCCCCUUCCCAUCCCUUGGGUGCCCCCACCGCGCCCUGGCUGUCCCCCCAUCCCAUUUCCAGCAUCCUUGACCUGCCUUUGCAAAGCCAACACAGCUGUACAUUCUCCUGCUCUUUGCUUUUUUUAUUAAAAAAGGAAAACUCAA